UGUGCGCGUUUCAAACCAAUUCAGUCUCUUCCCGACCACGCGAAGGCUGAAAGCCUUGAUGCAAUGUUAUUAACUAUGAUGCGACAAAAUUACUUCCAUUUCAUUCCCCAGUGUUAGAAGAUGAGCAAGUAAAAAUUCGUCGUCGUGUGUUGUUGUCAGUUGUUUGUUUAUAAAAAAGUUAAUACGCGAGAAUAAUUUCGCUUGAUUAUUUUUGAUUCAGCAGGAAGAGGUUUGUCUCCACUGAUAUCAUGGAGCAGAAUAAUACACCGAUUGUAACGUCUAAUGGUAUCACCGAGACGAUCAAUGGAAAAGCUGACCCAACAACUAUCAGGAUCCCCUCAGCUGCAAGGUUUAGUAAUGCUGUCAAAAUCAAGACUCCUUGGAUGAAAGAGCUCCUCCACGAAGAUUCCUCGAUACGGGACACUUUGAAAUGUGGAUUAGCUGAGUUUAUCGGCACUAGUCUCCUCGUAUUUCUGGGAUGUAUGAGUUGCAUCGGAAGUUUGGGUACUGCACCUGCUCUUCUCCAAAUAUCCCUUGUCUUCGGCUUAGCUGUCAUGGUUAUUAUCCAGAGUAUUGGUCACAUCAGCGGUGCCCACAUAAAUCCGGCCAUCACAGUUGGUGCGGUCAUCCUGGGCAAGAAAUCUCUACCUGCAGCGUCCGUGUAUUUUCUGGCUCAGUGUCUAGGGGCCAUCGUAGGAUAUGGAAUGCUGAAGAUAAUUACACCCCGGUUACUGCUCCACACUGGGGAUCCAUCUAAAAUGAGUAGUUUUUGUGUCACUGAGCUUCACGUGAACAUAUCAGUGAUUGAGGGCCUUCUAGCAGAAAUAAUGGCAACCGCAAUACUAAUGUUCAUGACCUGUGCUUGUUGGGACACUCGUAAUGAGAGAAAUACAGACUCGGUUGCCAUUAAAUUCGGUUUAACUGUGGCUGUUCUCUGUAUGGCUGUGGCACCUUAUACAGGAUGCAGCAUGAAUCCGGCAAGAUCACUGGGACCUGCGAUAUGGAAUAACAACUGGGGCCAUCACUGGAUAUAUUGGUUUGGGCCACUUGGAGGAUCCCUCAUUGCUUCCAUUCUGUAUAGGUCUAUAUUUUCACUGAGUCCUGAAGAAUUUGGGAGGUCACAAGUGUCAACGAAGGCUGAAAUUUAAUGUUGUUGAGUUUGGACUGCGGUCCUGUCAUUCCUAGGGGGGCAACAUAUCUGCAGUGAUUGCAGGUCAAGUGCGACCAAAGGAUGGAAUCUCAGGAGUGAACUAAUGAGUGAGAUCCAUCUGAAAAUGAGGAAAUGAAACUGCGAAAUUAAUUAGGAUCUUCGUCGAGCAGGAUCUUUGAUGAAGUGUUCUCGCAUAUUAAUGAGGCUUUUGCAAAGUUUAAAUUUGUUAUCGAUAAAUUAUAGAUUUUAAAGGCUCGUGCUGUACAUACCAGUCAGAGUGAAUAUUUUUGUACAAAAAAAACUCAUAUGGAAAAGUACUAUAAAAAGAAUACAUACUGAGAUAUUAUUUUCGAUUAUAAGAAGAACGAUCAACCUUUAAAUUUAUAAGAAAUUGUUAUGAGAAGAUGAGUCUAAAACCUGUCAGAGAGUAUUUUCCUAGAGCACAAAAUCUCAUAAAAUAUCGUACGGGAAAUUUCAAUGCUCGCAAAAUGUCAAACUUGUUUUGUGGACGAAACGUUUUUGCUCAUUACUAUUCCAUUCGUGUGACACAGUUAUAAGCAACACCUGUAUCCUUUCAGAGGCUUAAUGAUGAUCACUCGUUAAACUAUCAUUCAUCUCGCAGAUGAGUGACACAAGGAUGAAAUGUCGAAAUCUUUUUGUUCUAGUUAAUUGUAUUUUGUAUAAAUAUGUAUUAUACCGAAUUCAUUUAAUUUUGGUUUUAAAGAUAUUCUUUAGCGCUGAAUUUUUUAGGCACAUCGACUAUUUUGUUCACAGAUCCGUUUAUUGAUCAAUCAUUGCCAAGACAAGAUAAUUGCCGAAGCGACAAAGCCGUUUGAGUUGACUUAUCUUUCAAAAGAAUUCCUGAGAAACAUCUCGAAAUCCGAGGAUAUUUCUGUCACGGUCUUUUUCGUAAUGAUCAAUUUAUGCUAGAAAAAAUAUCAUGAUAAAAGUUUAACUAUCCACCUUAGAUCUCAAGAGAUUGAUUGAUAACUAAUCAUUAGUGGAAAUUGGCUUCAAUCGUUUUACUGCUUCAUUACCGUGAGGCAUACGAGAUGUCUAUAAAAAAUCAAGAUUAUCUGCAAACGAAUUGCCGAAUUAAUGUUGAACUAAUCUUCCACGAGUAUUUCUAUUUAAAGCGAAAGUGAAAAACAAAGUUAAUGCGUAUUUUUAUCAAUACUUAUUGUAUUUUACAGUGCUCCAUAAAACAUUGAUUAUUUAAGUUUAUCGUCAAGUUUCGCAAAAUCUGUUUUAGAUUUUAAUGGAAUUAGUUGUAACGAAAUAGCUACUUUGUAAUGCACAUUUUAGGGUAUUAGAUUCAAUCUAUUUUGAGCUAUUAGAGGGGACGAGUUGAAUUUUUAAUUACUCUCAAUCAAACUAUAAAUUUCAUACGUCAGUGCAUUAUUUUGUUCACAGCCAUUAAAGAUAUUAAAUUAUAUACUAUCUUAAAUUAUACAUAUCACCGUUCAAUAAAAUUCCUGUCUUGUUCUUUCUCCUUUGACGAAUACUGGGAUAGAUUGAGAUGUUCCAUCAUUAUUUUUACUGUUCACAGAUGCACUGUUAUCAUUAUUAUUAUUCAACGUUUAAAUGUUUUUAAUAUGCAUUUUAAUUAGUCACACGGAGUUAAGUUUAUUAUUCGUCAGCCACGUGUUCAUAUCCUCCUCGCUAUUGUUAUUCUAUGAGCCACUAGCGUAGAUAAAAGUAAUGAAUAACUUUCUUGUUUGAGUUUGAUAAUUAUUAUAAUUGACUGUUAAUAAGCCUGCAAAAGUGAUAUAUAAUGCAAUGGUGGAGUAAUAGAAUCGUUUUAAAAAUAUCGAAAGGUUCGAGAAUGUUCAAUUAUCAAAUUUGCAGUGGAAAUUAAAUGAUAACUUCAUGGGAACUAUUUUCUUGUCAUCUUAGUUUAUCCACGAAUAAAAAUAUCGUUCACGACUA